AUGAUCCAAGAAGAUUUAGAGCAUAAAGAGAUGCUCAAAUUAAUUUAAAUUAAGGUAAAAAGCUCUGCUUAAGCCUAAUAGAUAUAGAGUAUACUCCCUUUAAAACAGAAAUUAGCUUUUAUUUAUUAUGACAAUGGAUUUUAUGAAUUGUACAAUAUCAAAUAACAAGUAAUUACUUAAAAAGGAUAGAUUUCAUAGAACAUAAGAUUUUUCCUUGAAAUUUACACAAAGUAAUAUUUUUAAAUAUUUAAUAGUGUUUUGAUAUUUCAUGAUCCCAUAGAUUUUUAGAUGAAAUUUUUAGACUUGAAUAUGAAUUAAAUUAAUCCUAAAUUUGUGCUUAAUCAAGGGACUAAAUAGACAUUAUGA